ACAUGUUUACUAAGCUUCUGAAUAUAUGUGACCAAAUAACUGGUUUCAGCUCCUUUGGAAUAAAGGGAUUAUGUCAGAUAUAAAACCAUAGAAUUACGAGUAGCAACAGAUGAUUUAAAGUGACAUCAGUCAACUUGAUUUUUUUAACCGUCUAAAAAUGUUAGUUAACUGUUAAAAUGUUAAAAUUCCUAAAAAAAAAGUAUCCUCAGAGUAAGUCAAGACAUUAAAAAAUAUCUUUGAAGAUACACACUACUAAGUCUCCUGAUUUUUACAGGAACUAGUAAUUCCUCACUCAAACAGUAAGAAAUUAAGCAAUACACAAGGUGGGAAGUGUAGAAUUACUUAUAAAAAUAUAUACAGGUGCUUUUGUGAGUGGUUUUAUAUUUUCUGUUUCCUACAAGUUGCUGGUACAUGUUUAAAUGAACAAGGCCAGGUACUGUAUUUUAAUGAUAUAACCUCAUUUUUACCACUGUGCUUCAUUCUUAACGUUUGGUUUUUGUUUGUUUUCGUUUUUAAUAACAGGGCAUAACUGAUGUUGUUUUUCACUGAUCUGAAGUUGUAUGAGUAUUAUAAUUAGCACACUGUUUGUUUAGGUGGUUGUACUUCAUUAAUUGCACAUUUUCUGAGGUGACAGUUCAUUACAGAAUUCUUCCCUGUGCAAUUAUUUCAGUGAUUUCUGUGCAUUUGAACUUGUGACCAAAUCUGAAAUUCAAAUAUUAAUUAAAUGAAAAAAAAAGAAGCCCAAGAUGCUCUUUGAUAACAUUUUUCUCCUCUGUCAGAAAACAUUAAUUGCUGGGAGCUUUUAAUUUGAGCAAGAAAACUAAAAUCCUUGAAAUGAAAUGUGCUUGUUUAGAGUAAUUUAUUAGACUACAUACAGGGAGCAGUUAAAGAAAGAUGUUGCAGAUGCCCACCUAAAAUUUUACAGGUUUCUUACAGACGUUCAGAUCACUAAAUCAUAGUUACUGUUUUGCAAAUUUUUUUACAAGCUGCUCCACCCCCUUGAAACCCAGUCCUUUGGAAACAUACAUAUCAUUUGUAUAUAAUAGGAAUAUAUCACAUAGAUAUUAUUUGAGGGAGAGAAAUGGAUUGACAUCUUUGUUGCUUGAAGGCUGGAUCUCCACUGAACACAUUAAUCAAGUAUGUAGGUGCCAUGUAACAUCAUAAAAAAUACCUCUACAAGUUUUCCUACAGUCUUUCAAAUUAUUUUUCAGUCCUGAUUUUCUAAAGUUAUACAGUCUCCUUCACCUUUCUCUUAAGAAUGCUGAAUAUUGCUGACUGUAAUCUCUUCUGUAUUUUAUGUGGGAUACUUGUACUAGAAAUUGUUCUAAUUCACUUUGUAGGUAUGUGUUAAUGCUCAAACUUCAGGUGAACGAGAAUGAUGAUAGAGGGAAGAAAGUUAGGAUAAAGAUUUUUGAAGUCAUAUUUUUAGAGGGAGCACCAUUUCUGAGCAGCCAGAGGUGUAAUGCUUGUUUAUUCAGUUGCUUUUGAGAGAAGUGAAAUUUAAUUUCUGAGCUAAGAGAGGAGAAGGAAACAAAUGGCAACAAAGAAGCUGAAAUUGCUAAUAAGGGAAAUAUACAGAAAUCAGAUACUAGAAAUUGCAUUCCCAAGGAGAAAUCAUUUAGUAUUAAAAAAAAAAACAACACACACACAAAAAAAAACAAAACAAACCUGUCACAAGAUGAUUAGUUUGACUAUGAUGAUGAUGCCAUUCUUGAGUUCUUGCUGAAGUACCUGGGCAGAAUUAUUUAAGCAGGUCAGUGCUUUUCUGUAUGUGUACUUUAAGACAAAGGCCUUAUUAGGAGACUUACAAUAUUCCAGAUUUAGUUGGAGAAUUCUCUGUGUGCAAAAACCUGGACUAUAAAAAGAAUGAAAUAGGCUCUGUGGGUUAUGAACAUGUGAUUGGAAAAUGUAUUGCACAUUGCAAAAAUUUACAUGCAAAUAUUAAUGAAAUUCUUUGGUUUUUUUUAAUCCACUUUCUCUAAUUUGCACUGAUAAUCAGUAUUUUUCACAGUAACUCUUGCAGGUUAGGCUUAUACGGGAUAGUUAGUUUAUCUAAAUUUUGUCCCAUCUGGCUGUUGUGCUUCCUGCUUCUGUUAUAGAAGUUCAGGGUCCACAGGAAUUCUGAGCAUGGGUUUUACAAAUAAAAGCAAAUUAAAUGUGAAAUAUAAAAUUUGGUGGAAAAAAAAAAGUUUUGUCUUCUCCUGCUGCUUGCCCUCCACUUUUUUAUUUUGUUCAUAAUUCAUAAAUUUAUUUACCUUUUGUCCCUGAUGUCAUCUUUCAUAUGCUGGAACAUUCAUGCUCCCUCUUAAAUCAAAGUGCUUCUGCUCAGUACAGCUGGGUUAACGGGCCUGUGAAAUCGGAGUAGAAAUUCGUCAGCAUUUGAACCUUUGAAAACUAAAAUACUGUGACAAAGUUCGGUAUCUCUGGAGCCUACUAACAGGGCUGUUAGCUUGUGGUGAAAGCAGCGCACCCCGAAAUGUCAGUCAGCGGGAGUGGGGGAUUGCUGCGAGUUAAUUAGGAGCAAUUAGCUGGUCUCCCUGCUGACCAGACAGCUAUUACCUUUCUCUUCUUUGCCCUUCCCCUGAUGCCGCUGCGGGACAACGAGUUGUGGCAGCGAUGAUUGCCUGAGAGUGUCCGUGUCCGUGUCGGUGCGGGCGGUGGAGGCACGGGGCCGCGCUGAGCCCCGGCCCCCUCCCCGCCCCGCCGCAGUGUGGAGGGAGGGACCGCGGCCCGCAGCCGCCUCCCGCGCCGCGCCACGCCGGGCGCUGUCCGGGGUGCUGAUCCUUGCGAGCUGUGCGCUGUCCGAGGUGCUGAGCCGUGCCGGACCGAGUGCUGUCCGAGGUGCAGAGCCGCGCCGCGCCUCGCCCCGGCGGCACCAUGGUGUUCGCUCCAGGUGAGAAGCCAGGGACAGAGCAAGAUGAAGUUAAGCUGCAGAACGCCAGCAAGCAGAUUGUGCAAACUGCUAUCCUCCGAGCAGUGCAGCAAGUUUCCCAGGAGAGCCAGCAGAAGGAGAAGAGAACAAACAGCAGUACAAACCUCCAGCUAGAAAGAGGAAAAUUAACCAAGAAGCAUGAAAAGAAGUAAAGGAGAAGAUUGGUUUUUUCAGUCCUCCAGUCUGCAUAUUUUCAGCCUUCUCUUUAGUAUCAGCUGUACUGCUAGUGCAAUGUUACUGUCGUAAAGUAAACCAAAGUAUAAUCACACCUAGACAUAGGGUAAAGCUGCAGUAGUCCUCAGCUGAGAAAUAUUAAGUGCAUUAGACGACUAAAUCUAUAUUUAUGCAGUGCCUCUUAACAGAAACAAUAACCAUAGCUAUAAAAGUAGUUCCAAGUACAAGCUUUUAUGAUAUGGACUUACUCUGAAAAGCUUGUUGUCAGUGCACUUUCAUGUAAUUUCUGCGUGCAAUGUUUAUGUCAGUUCAGCUGGAUGGACUCUUCUUUGAGUUACUGGGUUCACUGAAGCUGUCUUCACUGAAGAAAUAGCAGAAUGCUUUCAGGCUGCUUUGAAGCACGAGUUUGUACUUUGCUUUGAUUAAACAUGAACUAUGCUCGAAUAGCAGUAUAAAGUAGAUUUGGUAAGUUCCGUGAACCAAUUUUUUUCUUCAUCUUGGGAUGGGGGGAAAAGCAAUCCAGUAAGACUGUGGUGACUGUGAUUUAUGACUGUGAUCAUAGAUCUAUGGUCUAUGUCUUUUUUUAAAGAAGUUAAAAGAAGUACUGAAGUUUUAGCCUACUCAUUUGAAAUACUUUUUACUUCUGCAUAAAAGUCACUCGUGCCUCAACUAUUCCUUUAAAUUUUCUUGAUACUAAGAGAAGAGAAACUGAUGUGCUAAUAUGGAAUUCGCCAACUUUUCCUUCAGUUUGGAACUUUGAUGGGGCUUGAUUUACAGAAAGUUAAGACUGGAGUGGCUUAAAAAUAGGGUUUGGAUUUAUUAAUAUCUUAAAGGAUGGAAAUACACUGUGUCUGAAUUCUGUUGUGGUAGAUAUUUCUCACCUGCUGGGCAUAAAGUGACUUCAGAUAUCUACAGUUGUUACAUAGAUUCACUUUAAAUAGCACUGUGUUAAGCUGGUAAUACAGAACUUAUCCUUUAACUGCUCUAUAUUGCUGAAGAAAUCCAUGAUUUUUCUGAAGAUAGAAAUUAAAUACAUGUAGCUUUAACUUUUAUGCUCCCUUACUGUAAUGACGAUUGCACUAUUAACAUCUGAAAUAAGUAACAGUAUAUUUAAUUCUGGAAUAGCUUGUAUCUCUGCUUCAACUGAAUUAUUGUAGUAAUACACCUAGAAAUACAAAGAAGCAGAUACACAGGAUCUGCAAAGGAGACAAACUUUUGUAAUUGCUUUUCUACUCAGUUAGAUGAUUCUCAAAGAAACUGAUUUAAGUAAUUGGUUAUAACUUGCUGUGUCCUACUGCUUGUGUUAAACAAUUUCAGGAUUCUUUCUCAUGGCUGGAGGCUUAGUCAUGAAUAGCCACAUUCUGUAAUAUUAAGUCUUUGAAAAUUGCUUGGUUCCUUUUUCUUUUUUUUUUUUUUUUUGUAAUUUAACAGCAUUGACUAUAACAGAAGAUGAUUUGGCUCAAUCUUCUUGUGCUUAAAAGUGCAAAGAAGAAUUCAACAUGAUUAAAGUUUGUCUGAAUCCUCUGAUAAUGGAAACUGACUGAGAUUGCAAGUACACAGUUGGUUCACUUCUAUAGACAGUGGGUGAGUCUUCCCAGCCAAGCAGACUUUGAAAGGUGGAAGUAAUUGUGUCGGGAGGCAUGUGCAUGUUUGUCAUAAUGGUUGUCAUAAUGGUAUGUUUUUUUACCAUUAGCCUUUUUGUUAAUUUGCCUUAGGCUGAGAGGUAGCUCUUUUGUAAGCACUCUUUGCAUCUUUGCUUUCUAAGAGCCUAAGAAAACUGAUCAUGAGUAAAGGUUAAAUUCUGAGGCAAAUGAGCAGGCAAGCCUAGUGGAUGCAGUGCAGUCCUGUUGGAAACACUUCAUAGUGCAUAACGAUGUUUGCCAUGGAUUCACCUACAGUGCUGUAGGAAGGAGAGCUAUAGAACAGGAAAAUCCUCAUUUCUUGGGAGUUAUUUUCUUUUUGUUAAUGCCUUUUGUCCCCCUAAAUUUGAAAUAUGUUUCUUUUUUUAUAUAUAUAUAUAUAUAUGUACUUGGUAGUUAUUUUAAUAAUCUGUGUGUAGUUUGGAAAUUUUUUGCGUGUCCUAUUUUUGUAAGUGUUAAAAAAAGAGGAAUUUUAAAACACAGUGAAACCAGGCUUUUGCUGGAUCCACUGCUUCAUAUGAACCUAUUCCACUCUCCUCCCACUAUGCUCUUCUACAAUACCACUUCACUAUCCUUGCCCUUUUGGGCACGCUAUUGCUCAACCAUUAAAUGAUACCCAUCA